AUGGUUGUAUCUACAAAAAACAGUUUGAGACACAUGAGGAGACACUCCUGCUUUGUUUUUUUGUUCUGUGGGAUAUUUUUGCCUGGAAUCCUUGGUUUUCCACAGACAAAUACCUCAAUUGAUUGUGAUUCUCUGUUACCAAACUAUGAAGCUGAACCACAGACAUCUGCACCACCAUAUAUUAUUGCUGUAUCUUUUGAUAACUUUGAGCCAGGAAAUGAAAUCCAAGUGAGUUUGGAAGCACUUAAAGAUGUUGGUUUUAAAGGAUUUAAUCUACAAGCUCGAGAAAUAGAAGGAGAUGUUCCUGUUGGUACUUUUAAAAUUACAGAUCCAAAUACUAAAGGCUUGGGAUGUCAUAACAGGACGAAUUCAGCAGUAAGUCAUGCAAAUUCAGAUGUGAAACAGAAAAUUACAACAACAUGGAUUGCUCCACAUGAUGUUAAAGAUCUUCAAUUUAUUGCAACUGUUGUUCAAGAUCUAGAGAAAUUUUGGGUUGGAAUUCAAAGCAAAACUCUCACAACUAUGCGUUCUGAGUCAGUUAAUGGGACAGGAAAAAGUAAAAGGAAGCUUAUGAUAGAAUUAGAAUGUAACAAGCGUGGAGGGACUUACACAACACAAGGCAGAUGCAUCAUGGUUGGACCCUCUGGUUCCUCUCAGAACAGCUAUUCAGGCAGUCAGAGUGGGGUAGUCUACACAAUAAGCAAGAGUGGAUGUGGUCCUGGAGGCGCUGCUAAUGCGUAUAGUCAACACGCUUGUCAAGAUAGCGCAUCCUUAUCCAGCGGUGGUAUUGCCUAUGGCCAGUCUGUCCCUUCAAGCAGUUCAGAUUCCACUAAGAAGGUAGUGGUCAUUGCCAACAGCAACCCUUAUCCACCUGUGCGUCAUACCUACCCCCAGAGUUUGGGAAGUUCUGCUACUAGGGUCAUAAUACAGAGUGGACAAAGUCAGCAAAGCACCAGCAGCAGUACAUAUGCUCAGGGUUCCCAAGGCAGCCAGUCCUCUAGCCAGGGCUACCAGCCUCAGGGUGGCAGUUCCUAUGGCCAGGGCUACCAGCCUCAAGGUGGCAGUUCCUACAGCCAGGGUGGGCCAAGUUACUCGGGCAGCAGCAGUUCUUACGGCCAGGGCUACCAACCUCAAAGUGGCAGUUCCUAUGGCCAGCAGGGUGUAUCAUCUUUUUCAGGUGGCAGCAGUGGUUGUGGACAAGGUAGUUCAUAUGAUAGCAACCCCUGCCACCAGGGUGGAUCAUACUCCUCACAAAACUAUGGUGGUAGCCAAAGUGGAUCAUCAUCCUCAGACAAUUAUGGUGGCAACCAGGGUGGAUACUCCUCACAGAGCUAUGGUGGUGGCCAAGGUGGAUCGUCCUCCUCAGACAGCUAUUAUGAUAGUCAGGAUUCACAAGAUUUCUCAGAUGAUAAUCCCAAUGCUUGUGAUGAUAAUGACACUACCUAUAGUGCCAGUAGUCGGAGUUCUGGUUGCGCAAACAAGAAGGUUGUAGCCCGAGAUACAUCACACGUUUUGAGCAGAAGAGACUAUGAUGCACAGAAUGAGACUUCUACUUCAAAUAGCAGCCACAAUAACUUCCAGGGUGGAUCAUUCAUUGCAACUGGUGGUGGAUCAAAUAGUCAGGGUGGUUGCAUUUGUCCUGAUGGAAGCAGUGGUAAUAACCAGGGAGCCCCAGGUUCUUCACACAGUACAUAUUCUGGUUACCAGGGAGGGCCUUCCUUCUCUCCAGGAGGAUCCUAUGGACAGGAGGGCCCAGGUUCUUCCCACAGCUCUUACUCUGGCAACCAGGGAGGGUCUUCAUUCUAUCCUGGUGGAUCUUAUGGACAGGGAGGUUCUUCUGUCUAUGACAGCAGCAGUGAAUCCUAUGAUCAGGGUGGAUCUUCCACAUAUGGUGGUACUGGAUCUUAUGGUCAGGAUUCACCUUCCAUAGGAGGCAAUGAAACUAAUGACAGUGAUUCCACCUCGUCAUCUGGCAGCCAGCAGAGUGAACGGGAUUUUUAUUCCCCAGGAGGCAGCCAGUCAGGUGGACAUGGAUCAUCAUCUCAAGGUGGUGGCUACUCCAGUGGACAGGGUUCGACUUCUUCAGGAGGCAGCCAGUCUGGUGGACAGGGUGGAUGUGACUGUUCUGGAGGAAGUUCUGGUGGAUCCCCUACCUUAGUCAGAAGUGAUUCCUCUGCAAAUGGCUCAUCAUCUUCUGGAGGUAGCCAGUACAGUAGCCAAAAUUCAUAUUCCUCUGGAGCUAGCCAGUAUGGUGGACAGGGGCCAUCUUCUUAUGGAGGCAGCCAUUACGGUGGACAAGGUUCACCUUCCUCAGGAGGCAGCCAGUACGGUGCACAGGGUUCACCUUCUUCAGGAGGCAGCCAGUAUGGAGGACAGGGUCCAUCUUUCUCAGGUGGCAGCCAUCAUGGAGGACAGGGUAUGGCUUCUUCAGGAAGCAGCCAGUAUAGCGGACAGGGCUAUUCUUCAGGAGGCAGCCAGUCUGGUGGACAGGGUGGAUGUGUGUGUCCUGGUGGAAGUUCAGGUUAUUUUGGAGGAAACGGCUAUCAUGGUGGACAGGGUUCAUCAUAUUCUGGAAGCAGUCAGUAUGGUGGACAGGGAUCUUCUCCCUCAGGAGGCAGACCAUAUGGUGGGCAGGGCUCAUAUUCUUCUGGAGGCAGACAAGAUGGUAAACCAGGUUCAUCUUCCUCAGGAGGUGGUCAUCAAGGAAAGCCAGGCUCCUCUACCUCAGGAAGCACUUACUCUGGGAGACCGAAUUCACCUUCCUCAGGUGGCAGUCAAGUGAGUUCUGCUGGGAAACACUCCACUUCCCGACUCCUGCUGUUACUCAGUGUUUUGAGUGCUUUCGCUCUCUCUGCUGUGACAUCACAAUGGUCUAUGUGAACUUCUGAAGAGUUGCUUGGCAUCCCAGACAUGAAUUCUAUUCAGCAAUAUUAGAUUAAUUACUUGACGUAAAAGAAAAAUACCCUUAAGUCAAAUUGGCAGGUGUUACUUGGCUAUGUUGUAUGUCUAGCUAGUACAUCAUGCCUCUCAUUAGUUAACUUUGGGUUUAGUCAUUAGUAGAUAGCAUUAGUUUUGUCAGUGUUUUAGGCAUCAUUUUAAGAGAGCAUAUUGUACCCUACCUGUAUGAUUUAUUUAUAUUUCCAAUGGGGAAUGCGAUGAACAUCUGUCUGAAAUCUGACUGGUGCAACAAAUAAAUACUUAGAAAAUAUUUGGUUAUUAACCAAAGUGGAGGAGGUCAAACAGUUGUAUAUGCAAACUGAGCACUGUGCAGGGUCAUCAUCACAUAAAAUAAGGCUAAUGUAAACAUCUGAUAAGCAAUCUCCAGAUUGGGACAGAAGAUGCUCAGAUAAUAUCAGUCUUGGUUUUAGUCUAUUGUAAUCAAAUGCAAGUUGAAUAUAGAGGUUGCACAGAAAAAAAAAAAAAAGUACUCCAUAGGACUGACAUUUUUUGGAGUUAAUUAAAAUUUAUUCAUUAGAGAAGCCAAACAGCGUAAAGAAUUGUUGAACUCUGUUGAAACUGCAAAUAUUUGGAGUUCUUUAGAGAAGCAUAUGGGGCAGUGCACCCCAGAUUAUGCUGAUAGUCUAAAAGCUGCUGAAAACCAAUGCAUUUUCCCUUGGGAAGGAAUGGAAAUUUAAUUAGACUCAUAAAACUGAUAGCUCCUUUUCUCAAGUAUUUAGUCUACCCUGUGAUACCUGAUACAUCUGCAAGUUUAAUCUCAAGAAUGCUGCUGCUGUCUGCAAGCAUGUACAGUAAAUGUGGUCACAGAAAGACCAUGGCCCACUUUUGAGUUCGGGAGCAGCACCACAUGUUGCAGCAAACUCUUUUGGAGCUGCUGGAGUUGCCUCCUGCUUGCGCAGCACCCACAGCUCUGGCACCUCCUUAGGAGUGGUGUGUCCAUCGUGCCGCUGCUCCCACAGCUCCUGCGUCAGCCUUAGCCACGGGCUAAAGCUCCUUUGCUGUUAACAAAGUGCGUUCUCCUAAAGCACAGUUCUAAUGAAUGUCUCACGAACACGUGCCUAGUAUUAAAAUUACAUUUAUUAGUGGUAUGCUUGUCUCCCGUGCUUUACAACUGUAAUUGAUGACAUACAUUUCCGUUCACAUUAUGCUACCAACUUAAGUGGGGCCAAGAUUUCAUCUGGUUUUGAUAUGCUGCCCAGGACACGCUAUUUUUUGCCAACCAUCAGUCAAUCAACCCGAGUUAUCUGAAGCUGUAAUUGAAGCAUAAAGGAGUUUUGCUUAAAUAUGAUCUUCAACAUUUGGUGGACAAUUUGUUUCUUUGGAACACGCAGCAAAGUUCUCUUUGGGAGGUCUGUAUCUUAAUUCGAACUAGCCCUGCACUUCUUUAAUAAAUGUAU